AUGGCAGUGGACUACGAACGCAUACAAGCCGUCGGCCCCGACAGGGCAGCUUCCGAGUGGCUGUUGCGAUGCGGUGCCCUGGUACGCUAUCGGGGCUAUCAGAAAUGGCAGCGGGACUACAACGGGCUCCCGACGGGGCCCCUGGGGAAGUACCAGAUAGAAGCAAUCGAUGCCACGGACUCUUGCAUCAUGUACAGAGGAUUUGACUAUUUGGAUGGUCUGGAGCAUGUUACAGAAAUCAAGCUGCAGAAGUGCAUUUACAUACGGGAUGAGUGUCUGCAGAGGCUCAGCGAGACAAAGAAUCUACAGAAGAGUCUCCUCCAGCUGAGGAUAAUUUCCUGUGGGAAUGUCACGGAUAAAGGCAUCAUUGCACUUCACAAGCUGAUGAACCUUGAAUAUUUAUAUCUGAGUGACCUUCCUGGAGUAAGAGAGAAGGAAAGGACUGUUCACAUCCUUCAGCAGGCGCUGCCCAACCUAGAGCUGGAGCUGGAUUUAGAAUAA